AUAUGCAUCAUCUUCAUCCAUUUCUAUUCCUCCUCUCUUCAUUUUGAACAAAAAAUAUGCCUUUGACAUUACGAUCCUCAACUUCUUUCAUCAAUCUGAAAGACACCAAGAGCAUUAAGGCUCCUCUUCUUGAAGAUGUUCCACUUCCAGGCAUAAUCUCCUUUAAGCAAGUGAAGCUACCUAGCAAUAUCCGCUUUCGAAUAAGAAGCUCGAUACAUGAUACUCAUACAGAAAGAGGGAGUGAAAAGUUGGAGAAACUUCACUCUUCAUCUUGGAAUCACCACAAAAAUAACUUGAGAGUUCCUGUCUUUGUUAUGCUUCCGCUCGAUACGGUGAGUGUUGGAGGGAGUCUGAACAAAGCGCGAGCGAUGAACGCGAGUUUAAUGGCGUUGAAGAGUGCAGGAGUGGAAGGAGUUAUGGUGGAUGCUUGGUGGGGAUUGGUGGAGAAAGAUGGCCCUUUGAAAUACAACUGGGAAGGCUAUGCUGAGCUUGUGCAGAUGGUUCAAAAGCAUGGCUUGAAGCUGCAAGUAGUUAUGUCUUUUCAUCAGUGUGGAGGGAAUGUUGGAGAUUCUUGCAGCAUUCCUUUACCUCCAUGGGUGCUUGAAGAAAUAAGCAAAAACCCGGAUCUCGUUUACACUGACAGAUCAGGCAGGAGGAAUCCUGAAUACAUCUCAUUGGGGUGUGAUUCAUUACCUGUUCUCAAAGGAAGAACACCGAUCCAAGUUUACGCCGAUUACAUGAGGAGCUUUCGAGACCGAUUCAGAGACUACUUGGGAGAAGUUAUAGUGGAAAUUCAAGUUGGGGCUGGUCCAUGUGGGGAACUCAGAUAUCCAUCUUAUCCAGAGAGCAAUGGGACUUGGAGAUUUCCUGGAAUUGGAGAAUUCCAGUGUUAUGACAAGUACAUGAGAGCUUCCCUUGAAGCAGCAGCAGAGGCUGCAGGAAAAAGGGAGUGGGGAAGCAAUGGACCACAUGAUUCAGGUCAGUACAACCAGUUCCCUGAAGAUACAGGCUUCUUCAAAAGGGACGGAACAUGGAAGUCAGAAUACGGAAAGUUCUUCCUUGAAUGGUACUCGGGAAAGCUACUGCAGCACGGCGACAUGAUCCUAGCAGCUGCAAAAGGAAUUUUCCAAGGAACUGGUGCAAAACUAUCAGCAAAAGUAGCUGGGAUUCACUGGCAUUACCAGACUCAAUCCCAUGCUGCGGAGUUAACCGCCGGGUACUACAACACCCGACACCGAGAUGGUUACUCGCCUAUCGCAAAGAUGCUGGCUAAACAUGGAGCUGUGUUCAACUUCACUUGUAUGGAGAUGAAAGAUGGACAGCAGCCUAGCCAUGGAAAUUGCUCACCAGAAGGAUUGGUUGCACAAGUGAAGAUGGUUACAAAGGAUACUAAAACUGAACUUGCUGGUGAGAAUGCUUUGGAGAGGUAUGAUGGAGGAGCAUAUCACCAAAUUUUAGCCACAAGUAGAUCAGAAUCUGGGAAUGGAUUGGCUGCAUUCACUUACUUGAGGAUGAACAAGAACCUUUUUGAACCCCACAAUUGGAGAAACUUGGUCGAGUUCGUAAAGAGCAUGUCGGAGGGCGGUCGGAGCUCGAGACUUUCGGAAUCUGACAGCAGUGGCAGUGAUCUUCAUGUUCGGUUCAUCAAGGAGAAGAAAAUCAAGGAAGUUGCCAUGGCGUAGAAAUGGAAACAAGAACAUACAUAUGGUAGUGUGUUAUAGUUACAAGAUGAGAAGGAGAAAA